CUGCGACCCGUAGCUGCGCCUGCGCAGUAGAGCCUAGCUCGCCAUCGCCAUGGAGCCCGAUGGGACUUACGAGCCGGGUUUUGUGGGAAUCCGCUUCUGCCAGGAAUGUAACAACAUGCUGUACCCCAAAGAGGACAAGGAGAACCGCAUCCUUCUCUACGCGUGUCGCAACUGUGACUACCAGCAGGAAGCCGAUAACAGCUGCAUCUACGUGAACAAGAUCACCCACGAGGUGGAUGAGCUGACCCAGAUCAUCGCGGACGUGUCGCAGGACCCGACCCUUCCCAGGACCGAGGACCACCCGUGCCAGAAGUGUGGCCACAAGGAGGCAGUGUUCUUCCAGUCCCACAGCGCCCGGGCCGAGGAUGCCAUGAGGCUCUACUACGUGUGCACAGCUCCCCACUGCGGCCACCGCUGGACAGAGUGACCCGAGCUCCCCGGCUGCCGCACACAGUUUCUUAAUAAAACAUUUUAUUUUUGGCA